UGGAGAAAAAAAAGCGAAACUGAAAUAUAUAGCGGAGAUACUGAAGCCUUCUCUGGCGUCCUUGCAGUUAGUUAUGCUCUUCUUCUUCCUCUUUGGUACAUCGUUAAGCGAUGAAGGGUUUUGGCACGUACAACGAUUGGGCCAAUUAUUACGCAUCAUCAUCUUCUUCAAAUUUAUCAGCUUCGGCUACACCUUUUAGCGUUAAUCGAAUAUCUUCCAUUGAUCAAUCUGAUGAUGCUAUGUACCCUACCUUCCCUUAUCGAUACAACAAUAAUUCAUUUUUGAAUUCUCCUUCUUCUGUUUCUUCAAAUCAAUUUAAUUAUCCAGGGUUUCAAGUUCUAGACUCUAAUAAUGCCCCAAAACCAAGUCUUGUUCAACCACCACAAUAUUAUGCUCCAUUUGCGGUCCCUGAUCGAAAUUCUUCUUCGAUUGUACCCGAUAAUUGGACUUCUUUUUCCGGUUUUACAUUAUCGGAUCAACCUGAUUAUGCUAAAAAGUCACACGAGUUAGGGUUUUCUGGUCAAAGUGCUGCUAAUCAGUUUUCAGAGUUCGACAAUGGUAAGAGUAAACAGGUGGGAAUUGGAGGGAGUAGGUGGUCCUCAAAUCAAACAAAUUUUGCUGGUUCUGUUGCUGAAGAAAGGAUUAACUUAGGGUGUCAAGAUAUAACUGACAGUCAUGGUGAAGUUCCACAUAUGAUUGGUUGGGAGAAACAUAGCUUGCCUACAAGUGCGGAUCACUUAGAUGAUAAAUCUUGCUGGUGGAGAACUACCAAACCCAUGCCAGUUGAUUUUUCUCAUACAUCAGGUUUACAAUCCCCUUCGUUGUCUGUAGAAACUCAUCAUGAGGCUCCUUUGAAGUUAGCUGUGGAUUCAGGGAACCAUCACUUUCAGUAUACUGGGGUUUAUGACAAACACUUGGGGCAGCAAGAUAAACUAUCAAGAGUUGAUACAGUUCCUCCAGCACCUAUAACAGGAUCAGUUACAGAUUUUAACACUGGCAUUAUUGUACCAGAUGGAGACCUUGGACACAAUAAUUUCUAUGAUUUAAAAGAGGCUCAUCCGACGCCUAGUUAUGGAACUGCUGGUUGCUUUGGUUUAGGUCAUCUCCGCAUGCAUCUAGAUAUAAAUGAACCUUCCUCAUCAAACAAUGCAAUGAUUUCAGACAUGAAUGUUUCAGAGGAUGUUGUGGACUAUAUACAUAAUAAAGCAAGCAAUGAAUUUCAGAACCUCCAUCCAAAUCUAGGUCUUUCAACCUUGAGACUCAAUGCUAUUCAGCAUGCCAAUUCUGUUGAUAAGUUGCUUGAGUGUGGUGAUCUAUGUAAUCCCUCUGUAGACUCACCUUGCUGGAAGGGAGCUCCUACUGCUCACUUUUCUUAUUAUGAAUCUUCUGAGGCUUUACCUCCAGAACAUGUGCCCAAAAAUGAAGAGUGCUUUAAUUCUGUAAUUCAGGAGCCUCAGAAUUUUCGGCUUGAUACAGAUAGUAAUGUGAGAAAGUCAUGUGACAGCAGCUUCCCAAUGCACAUUCGAAUUGUUGGUCAGGAAACAAGUUCAGAGGGUUCUCCCAGGAAAUUUUCAGAAACUAGAUUUGUGUCUGAAGAUUGCAAGUCAGAUGGUGCAGUAAAUGCUGGACCUUUUCAGUCUGCCCCAUGUUGUGGUUACGGGCUUCUACAUCAAGACGAUAUUACCAAAAUGAAGGGAAAUAGUGUACCACCAACCAAGCCAAUUGAUUGUGAGUCUGGAUCUUCUCAUGACGAGCAUCAAGAUAUAGAGGAAAACAAAUCAGUGUCUCAAAAACUAUGCGUUGGUGGUGCAGACGCGGAAUGCAAUGAGAAUGUAUGCUUGGAGUCUGGUACAUCGCAUACUGGAGGACAUGCACUGUCUUUGUCUUCUUCAGUGGAAGAUGCACCUACUGCACCUGAAAAAUCAGCUGCGAAUGUAUCAACUGAGAAAUUAAAUGUCCAAAUUCUGGUUGAUACUAUGCAAAAUUUGUCACAAUUGGUUCUUAAUCAUUGUUUAAAUGAUGCCUGUGAACUGAAAGAUCGAGAUUGCAAUAUCCUUAGAAAUGUGAUCAGUAAUCUUAAUACUUGUUUGUUGAAGAAAGCUGAGCAAAUUUCCCCGGCUCCAGAACGUAUUUUCCACCAGCCAGAAACUUUUAGAUGUGCUGAAGAAUCAUGUGACCUUCAACGGGGACCCCAAUUGACCAAGAUAGAACCAGAGAGCUCUAUGAUUGAGCAUAAAAAUCUGCUUGCUCAAAAGGCAGGUUUUGGAUCUGGGAAGUCGCAUUGGAAACUUUCAGACUCCAUUUAUUUAAGGGGUGGUGCAGAAAUGACAAAGGCAGAGAAAAUGCCUAUAGAUGCGCUUGAGAAUCUGCCUGCUCAAAAGGCAGAUCUGUUUUUUGAAUCUGGAAAGCCACAAUGGAAGCAUUCGGACUCCAUUUCCUCAAGCGGUGGCGCAGAAAUGACAAAGGAAGAGAGCAUGACUAAGGCUCUAAAGAACAUUCUUAGCGAGAAUUUUGAUGAUGAUGAUGGAGCAACAGAGCCUCAGACUCUAUUGUAUAAAAAUCUAUGGCUCGAGGCUGAAGCGGCACUAUGUUCUGUCUCUUAUAAAGCUCGCUAUAAUCAAAUGAAGAUUGAAAUGGAGAAACACACAUUUAAGCAAAGAGACACGGAGGAGCAAUCAAAAUCUGAGGUUAUUCCAAUUUUAAGCAGAAGUCAGAGUUCUGCAAUUGAAGUGAAUAAUUGUCUAAACUCUGAUUCUUCUGCUCAGGAUUUGGCUUUCUUAGAUUCUUCUAGUACGAACCCAAAGGAACUAUCUCAGUUGAAAUUUUCUUCUGAUACGAACAUGUCUAAUUCAUUGACACCUGAAGCAGGGGGUUGUCAAAACUUGUAUAGUUUCAUCCGGAAUUAUGCUGUUUCUGGCACAAACAAGGAGGCGGCUGGAAAUGACGAGACUUCUGUUAUGGCCAGAUACCGUGUUAUUAAAGCCCGGACGGACAAAUCAUGCAUCAAUACUAAUGAUUUGGAGACACCAUCAAACAUAGCAGACAAGUUGGCACCUAGAGAAAUAGAUGAUCAAAACCAGGUUAAUUCUUGUAAGGAUUCAGCUAUUCCUGGAAAAAACAAGACUGAUUUUGAGACAUCUGUUUUAGCUAGAUUUCACAUUCUUAGAUCCCGGGCUGCUGAAGAUUCAAGCUCUGUAUCUUCAACGGAGAAAUUGUUAGAUGGAGUUGGAUUUUCUGGUGAAGGAAUAGAAGGCACAAUGAUUACAAAAAAUGUACUAGAGAGUAAAAGGCUGGAUGCCGAUCUCAAUUCCUACACUGCUGUGGACAAGUCAAUCCCAAAAGAGAUUCAUCUGGAUUUGGACGAUAGUCAAGAAAUUGAGCCUUGCAGAACCUACGAGUUUCAGCUUCCUAAUUAUCACUCCGACUUGGCAUCAGACUGGGAACACAUUUAGAAGAGGAGGAGCUUGUUGGGCUAGAAGCCACUAGAGUUGGAUUAUUUGACUGAAUAAAUUUUUAAAUGCACUAGAGCUCGUUAUUAUCUUUUGUCAGACAUAGAUACUGCGGAAUUUGGUCUUUAACUCUUUUAUUGUGUUUGUAUAUAACUUAAUCCGUAUUUGUUUUCUUUUAUAUCUGUGUUGGGUCUGCUUACUCAA